AUGAACAUUGCACCUUCCUGGCCGUUCAACGCGGCAGUGUCUCGGAUCGCACCAUGCUACCUGACCCCAGGGUAUGCGCUCUUGUACGACCACUUUUCGACAUAUCUACCACACAGCGGUACCAAGACUGCUCUUGUCUCGGAUGCCACCAAGAACGAGGAAAGGAAGGGAGGCCAGGUUAACAAAUUCAGGGUGCAGGGAGGGCGUGUACUUGCGAGAUUCUCUGUAAUCCACGGACGUUGGCAAACGCGGAGACAGGACGGCCAUUCUGGCGCGUCAACAGGAACAGCUGAUCAAACAACCACAAUUGAGGUCUCAUUUCCAACUCGCUUUUCAAGCGGUUCUCCGGCCCAGGGUGACUCUAAUGGUCCAAGUUCAAGUACUACUCAGGACUCGGCGUCGGCGUCCUCUUUGCCACCAGAUGAUCCGUCGACGGCGACGUCAGCACCCACCGACGUCGAGAGCUCAAUGCAGGCCCUCGAUUCGCGUUUACCCACCGAAACCCCAUUCAGCACGACGUCAUGGACCGCAGCCCCCUCCUCCGAGAUUAGCUCCUCGAUAUGGAGCUCAGAGUUUCUGAUCACGUCUUCAACGACAUCGCAUACCUCCAUAUCGGUAUCAGAGACUGGGGAUGUGGCUUCGACUACAUUCUCGUUGUCGCGCUCGUCUUCGUUUGUAGCCCCGUUAACACCGAGUAUAAUCGAGACGAGCUCGGGUUCAGGUGGAGCGGACUUGUCUUCCUCCUCCUCGAGGUCAAUAUCCCGGUCGAGUCUCGUCACUCGCUCUGAGACAGAUUCCUCUGAGCCCUCGGUCGCGUCCUCGACGGAGUCAAGUACAGAGUUGACAACACCUGAACCCUCUGCCUCAAGUUCUCCUGGAACUUCAUCGAGUUCGAGCGAGGAUUCGACCUCGACCUCAUCGUCCGAUGUGGACAGGAGCUCGACGAGCUCAUUGAGCUUAACGACGCCGACACCCCCAUCAUCUUCGAGCUCAAGAAUGUCAGACACCGCCGCCACUUGGUCUCCGACGGAAACUGUAUCUUCGACUCCAAUCACUGUGUCUUCCUCCUCUAGAAUAUCUAUAACACCCACUCCUUCAACGAACUCUAGAACAAUCUCUACAAUUAAUUCAUCCUCUUCAAGACAUCAUCUGUCAUCUCGCUCCACUCGCACCACUUUGGGGCAGUACACGUCUCCAGAAAUGUCGCAUUAUUCUUCGGUCUGGCAUCCUCAUUCGGGUUCAUCAUCUCUUUACUUGUCCUCCACCACGUCGUUCGCCACUCCGACUUUUCCAUCUCCGACCAUCUGGACAGAUGCACCCCCAGAUAGCAGUUCAAGUGCCUCUUCCACCACCUCCAUCGAGACCGGCGUUCUUAGCACCAACACGCCGAAUGAAGCAGGAUUCGCACGGAACACAGGUGCCAUCGUCGGUGUCUCAUUGUCAGCGACGUUCGUGUUCAUCCUCGUUGUCUUCCUCGCGUUCUUCGCGUGCAAGCGGUACAGGGCUCGACGCGUCACCACCGGUUCCACAGACAAUAUCCUCGCUGUGACCCAGAGCCCGUUCUGGCGACCGCCCCUCGAUGGCGAUGACGACGACUCGUCCCUCGAGACGUACAGCCGUGCUCAAUCACCACACCAUCGCAAGACGUCCGACAGCCAGGGGCACGACUCGGGUGGCGGCUCCGUUGGUGAUCACCUGUCAGGAGAAGGAGGGUUUGGUUCCGCUGAGAGUGCAAAUAUUGGGAUGGCGCCGGCGAUGGCUACGACGUUUGGAGGGUCCGCGUACAUGCCAGGGUUCGGUGCAGAGCUGCCUAGGCCGCCCAAUCCUGCCGCCAACCCGCAGUCCCUGCCAGACCAAGCGGCCCAGCAAGUCUGGUGGGGCAGCAACGAGCCGCAAGCGUUUUACCCUUCAUCUAGGACGUCUACGAUUAAUCGACACAUUUCAAUAGGAGGUAGUCGGAGCGCCACCUCUCUUACUCUCGUUCCAGGCGGCUCUUCGGCCGGAGAGCAUUCGUCCUCAGGAGAGGGCCUCCUGAGGGGCAACACAAAACGCAACUCGGUAUCCGGUCCCCGACCGAUGCCAGGACAGGAAGGACGUCGGCACCGAUCCACCCCUCCGAGUGCCUUCCUGGGCACACGGGAUGUGCAUGUUGAUCUGGAACGCCAGCAGCAGCAGCCGCAAGCAGAUCAAUCGGACAAGCUAAGCGUGAAGAGUAUCCUCUCUCGCCUGCGAGGUGGGCGGAAGUCAUCCCUGCAGAGUAUUGUCACUGUCAAGGCUAGCACGCGACAAUCAGACGAGCCAGUCAUGGCAAUGACAAUGGCUGCUGCUCCGGCCUCGAACGUCUAUUCACCUUCCCUUCUUAAUCCGCCCAUCACUCUUCCGACAACGACAACGCCGAUGCGCCCAUUGCUGAGUUUCCCGAGAGGCGUUACUGGCAACAGCUACUCGCCACCUGGAACAUAUAGCCCGCCACCUGGUCCUGUUCUAUGGCCGCCAGUGACGCUGCCGCCAGCGCCGUCUCCGGUUCCUACGGAUGAUUCGAGCAUGAUCGAGGGCUUGCUACAUCCUCGCCUCUCCAUGGCUGUGAACCUUACUCAACAACCUAGCUUGACCAGCCUCCGAGAUCAUGAAGACUAUUCGCGGCCAAUAAGUGGGGUUAUCAACAAUCAUCUCAGGAGCACGUCAACGUUUGAUUCGCAGGAGACGAGGGAGAUGUAG